AUUACAGCAUAUUCCUUCAAUAACCUGUAGCGCUCUCUGAUUUCUCUUCUGCAGGGAUUUAUAUAUGUCUUUGCUGCAGACUUAGCAUUUGUACAGUCAUAUUUUUUUUGAGAGGCUGCUAGAUAUUUAUUGACUAAGAAACAAUUCAGGAUCAACUAAAGAGAGGAAAGCUCUGGCAUUCGAACAUAUACUCUUUUUGUAGGGUGAUGUGGCUGAUACUGGCUUCUACCAUCUGCUUUCCUAUUGCAGCCUGUUUCUCCAACCUGCAGAGCAGAAACCAGCCUUUCUUUCCUUCUGGAUUGUUAAAGCCAUUCACAUUUAUCCUUCAUGGCAAUGAAUCAUAGUCCGUUUUAAGGAAUCUUUUGUGCUGCUGUGUGUAUUCCUACAGCGGGAAAAGUGCAUGAGAAAGGAGCUUGAGCAGCCAGUAGUAUAGUAGCUGGCUCACCCGUAUGGAUUAGACUCGUGAGGACAAUAACGAUGGGGGCUCGAGCGACUGAAACAACUCGGGAACUGGAAAGCGCCUCUGCAAAGUAUCAAAUAGGAGGACAUGCAGAGAAAAUGUGGCAACGGCUCAAAGGAAUAUUAAGAUGCUUGGUAAAGCAGCUGGAGAAGGGUGACAUUAAUGUGGUGGAUUUAAAAAAGAAUAUUGAAUAUGCAGCAUCUGUUCUGGAGGCCGUUUAUAUUGAUGAAACCAGGAAACUUUUGGACACUGAGGAUGAACUCUCUGACAUCCAGUCGGAUUCGGUCCCGCUGGAAGUGCGGGACUGGUUAGCUUCUACAUUCACAAGAGAAAUGGGAAUAGCGAAGAGGAGAUCUGAAGAAAAGCCCAAAUUCCGAAGCAUUGUGCAUGCUGUACAGGCUGGGAUUUUUGUAGAAAGGAUGUAUCGAAGAACUUCAAGCAUGGUUGGUUUGGCUUACCCAUCAGAAGUGAUAGUCACAUUUAAGGAUGUUGAUAAAUGGUCUUUUGACGUAUUUACCCUAAAUGAAGCAAGUGGAGAGCACAGUCUGAAAUUUAUGAUGUAUGAGCUGUUUACCCGAUAUGACCUUUUGAGCCGUUUCAAGAUCCCCGUUCCCAAUCUUAUUUCGUUUGCUGAAGCUCUUGAAGUUGGUUACAGCAAAUACAAAAAUCCAUAUCACAAUUUGGUCCAUGCAGCUGACGUUACUCAAACUGUGCAUUACAUAAUGAUUCACACUGGUAUCAUGCACUGGCUCACAGAACUGGAAAUUUUAGCAAUGAUCUUUGCAGCUGCUGUCCAUGAUUAUGAACAUACUGGGACCACAAACAAUUUUCAUAUUCAGACAAGGUCAGAUGUUGCUAUAUUGUACAAUGAUCGUUCUGUUCUUGAAAAUCAUCAUGUAAGUGCUGCUUAUAGACUCAUGCAAGAAGAAGAGAUGAAUAUCCUGGGUAAUUUAAACAAAGAUGACUGGAGGGAGUUGCGUAGCUUGGUCAUUGAGAUGGUCUUGUCUACAGAUAUGUCAGGUCACUUUCAGCAAAUUAAAACGAUGCGACAUACUCUACAGCAGACACAGGGGGUAGACAAAGCCAAAGCCAUGUCUUUGAUUCUACAUGCAGCAGACAUAAGCCAUCCAGCAAAAUCCUGGGAACUGCACUACCGGUGGACCAUGGCCCUGAUGGAAGAAUUUUUUCGACAGGGAGACAAGGAAGCUGCUUUAGGUCUUCAGUUUUCCCCGCUCUGUGACCGCAAGUCCACUUUGGUCGCUCAGUCCCAAAUAGGUUUCAUUGAUUUCAUUGUAGAACCAACAUUUUCUCUUCUUACGGACUCAAUGGAGAAAAUUGUUAUGCCUCUUAUAGAGGAAGCAUCAAAAUCUGAAAGUCCUGCAUUUGGGACCCCCAGUCAAAAUAGUUUGGGAGCAGUAAGCAAUGCUGAAGCACAAAGACGACCUGGUUUUAAAAGCACAGGUGAUGGAGGAACUCACGCAGAAAAUUCUCUAGCAACUGUAGACCUAAGGAGCUUUAAGGACAACUUGAUGAAGAUCAUUCAAGCAAACAAAGAAAGAUGGAAAGAAUUAGCAGCAGAAGAAGAACUUGUGAAAAAUGUUGAUGAACAGGAAAAAGACCAAAGCAGAAAUUCCACAGAUGCACAGUUACAGGAAGAGACAACAAGGAUACAAAAUGAGAGUAGUCAGGGAAGUGAUGGUACAACCUGUCCUCCCAGAUCCAUCGUCCUACAAGUAGUCUCUUUCGACACUCCUCUGAGUGAUGAAUCCAACUCAGAAAAAUGCACUAACUCUGAUCCGAACCAGAAAGAUCUCACCGAUGCCCAGCAAGAAACACAGAAUACAGACCCACUGAAUGGUGAGCCUAAACACUGUAAGAAGCCAGAAGAUAUGGUAAAAGCCACGGAGCAGAAAGAAGCACUGAUACAAAACUAGAUUUUCUAUUUCUUAAAAGCUUCUGACAUUUCAGGCAGGACAGGAGAAAAGAAGCACUCUAGCUGUUCCUACCUCGUGCUCUCAGAGGCUGUUAUCUGUCAACUUGUUCUUGGAUCAUCCUGUUUCUGUGGAAAGUGAAUGGACAAAAUGUUCAAAGGUGUAAAAUGUAAAACUGAGCUGGUAACUCAAGGCACUUAACAACUUGCAAGAUUUCAGUUGUAUUUGUUGUUGCUAUUUCCUCUUCUAUUCUGCUUUCUUAAAGUAGCCAAAAUAAUUUUUUCAGCCAAAGUUGGACCUUGCUUUGUUGCAUCACUGGCAUCAAACAUUUCCAGUUAACCACGAGAUAUGUGAAAACACGACAUUUAUCAUCUGCCUGGGAUUGCUGUUACAUGUCACUGCUGCUGGCAUCCAGUGAAAAUGGAAAGUCAAAAUGAAAUGUGUUUCUAAAUACUUGUUCAUGCAAUCAUACUGCAUGCAACAUAAAAGUCUUACUUGUUAGUUUCCUUAAAAUAUCUGGAAAUAAAUGUAUGUAGACUGUACAGAGAAGUUGUAGAGUUACACUGACCAGCCUGCAUAGAUGAUGAUUUUUCUCCACUGUGGUGGCUGCCAUAUGGACAGAACUCGUGUUGAGCAAAGAAGUAUUUGAAGUAUCUGAGUAUUUUGGAAGACAUCAACAAUGUUGUCAGCCCUACCAUGAAGCUGGUGCUUAUUGUUUUAUAGGGUAGAAGAGACAGCAACAGGAAUACAUGAAAAUUGCUUCACUUCAGCAAAAUAAUGUGUUGCCUCUCAGACAGAAUUGGAAGGUGACACUGAGGCCUUAUAUUAUGAUUUAUCUCACAUGCAAAGUCAACAACAUGCAUCCUGCAAAAUCUUUGCCAGUGUUUGUUUCUUUCUGAGGGGUGGCAAAAACAGAGCCCAUGGGCAGUCACCUUUGCAAGAAGCCUCAGAAGGAGCCCAGAAAGAAACUCCAUUUUCAUCUCCACUUCCCUCAAGCUGCACAUGACUCCUCCAGAUUUGUCUGGGUGUCCUGUGUGGCUGCAGCCAACCUCAUUUCCCUCUGCUGGAACCUGCCAGGAAACUUCCAGGCUCCCCUUCAAGUUGUAGGCUCUUGGGUGGCUCAGGUUGCUGCUCUCCCAGCUCUCAUUUUUGGACCCUGUGGUUAUUAACUCACUGACCAAAAAGUCUUUAUAAUCAGCCAUGGUCUGCUCUGAAGAGGACUCAUGGGGCAGUGGCACUCCUCUCUGUGCAGAGGGUGACUGAGAUCCACGUGUCAUUCAUCUGCUGUUUCGGGGGUCUGAGUAGAGCUCAACAGGCAUCAGGCUCAACUUCAAAAAGGGCACGCUUUGUCCCAGUUGAAGAAGGAGUUGUAAAACAAUCACCCUGGACUGAGGGACCCUUACAUGUUCAUACCUGUUGACUGUCUCUUUUCUGACAGCGGAGCAAUCAAAACUGAGCUGGGAACAGUGUAAACUCUGAGCCGUGGGAUAAGAGCAUGCCAAAAGGUGGGAUUCCUGUCAUUGAAUAUGUAAGCCAUAUGCCUGCUAUGCAUAAGUAGUAUGCAUAGUCUUAACUUAAGAAAUGUUUGUGCAUAUAGGAUGUAAAAAAUGCAUUUAAAUUGUUUUGUGUAUCUGGUCCAGGGCUUGUAUUUAGCAUGGACAAAUUUCUGUACAGUGAAGUUAAUGAAUGAAAUGUUAACAAAUGAAAUUGUAUCAUAUAUGUUAUAAUGCAAUCAAUAUUUUUUGCUAAGAGUUAAGAAUUUAUAUAUUCUCUGCUAGUGUUUGAGCAAAUUAUUAGUAGCCUGGACCACUCUGUGCACCUUUGCAUCCUUUUUCGGAAUGUUGGACUCUUUUUUUUUCCUUUGUAAUAAAAUGUAAAUCAUCUUAUGGCUUCUUAUUGUCCUUAUGACAAGAGAAGGAGCAUAAUGGUCAUAUCAGACAUUUCUAAUUGUAAGUUGCCAUAUGCUGUGGCAGUGGAAAAUCUUUUUCAUUAAGAUUGGAGAACUUGGGACCUUAUUUCAGAUAAGUUGAGCAUCUAGAGUUCCCAUCAAAUUUGAAAAGAACGAGAGAAAACUGCUAUCUUUAAAAACUAGGCCAGUUAGGUAUUUGUUUGUUACUGACUGUUUUUCAACAUUGUAAUUUAUGAUUCACUAAGGCUGAAAGUCUGGAACAAUCUUUAUAUUGUAUUUUCAAUUCCAGACUUUUAUCAUAGUUGAACUUGACUUUUUUUCCUGUGUCUCUAUCCCAUUGUGAUUUAUUACUCUGCAAAAAUUUUCACCUAGAAAUACAAGCAGAAAAUAUAACAGAUUCUGCAGAGAACUUGAAACAUCCUGUGGGGCUCUCAGUGUCCUGUUGUCACAACUGGCCCCAAGGUCUCCCACUGCAGAAGCUAGAAGGAGCUCCUACUCUCACAGGAGCCAGACAUUGCCUGCAGAAUUCAUUCAUUAAUUUGGAAGUGUGAUUUUUGUAUAAAUAAUCCUAUUUGCUCAUUUGUAUUCAGUUUUAAUCACUGUGGUAGAUGUUACUGAAAUACAAAAAGAGUGCUUAGUUUUUCCUUAAUACCAGCUGAUUCUCUUUCUUCUUCCUUCCUUCCUUUAUUCUUAGCAAGUCUUUACCUGGCCAUGACCCAAAGCUUGGUGUGUUGUUUGAAUGAGGAGAAAUUUUCUUUGGUGGAGAAGACUGAUACAGCCAACAAGGCUUUGACAUGGGGUAAAAUUUGUGUUUGGAUGGCAGAAAGGUUUCUUGAGAGAGCCUGUCCCUGAGCAGUAGUUAAUCUCUGAAACCUGUAAGGCUGCUUUACCAAAACAUUGCAUUGGGGCCAUAAGAAAUGGUGUUUGUAUAUGCAUCUCUCCCACAGCAUUAUGGGCAUGUACCCUGCAUUGAGCACACUGAGGAGCUGUAGCUAUAGAUGAGUCCUCAAGAGUUUUAUUUUGCAUUUUUAUCUUGAGAUAUCUGAGAGAUAUAUUAUGUAAUAUUGUUAUAGGUUAUGAUCUAGCCAGUAUUUUUUUAAUUUAAUUUUCAACACGGCAAUCUACAACUGUGUGUUUUAUUCUGCUAUAUAUGUCCAUAUUUCCUAUGAUGAUAUUCCCCAAUAAAUUUGAUUUGAGGGCAA